AUGAAUCGAACAUUAUAUAGAACACUAUUUUUAUUAUUUGGACUUACAUUUAAAAUUAUAUCAAGUACAACGUAUGAUUGCUCAUCAAAUGCUUCAUGUGGAUGUUCAGUUAAAUCAGCUGUUGUAACAAAAAUUAUUAAUGGAGAAUCAGCUACAAAAGAAACAUGGGGAUGGGCUGCAUCACUUCGUUAUUCAUCUAGUAAUUCUCAUUAUUGCGGAGGAACAAUUAUAUCUAAUUUACAUAUUCUUACUGCAGCUCAUUGUACUAUUAAAUUAGCAUCUCCUUCUUUAAUAAAUGUAUAUGUUGGAUCAAUUUAUUUAUCUUCAGUAGUUCAAGUAAGACGUGUUUCAAAAAUAUAUAAUCAUCCAUCAUAUUCAUCAGACAAUUUUCAUAAUGAUAUUGCUAUACUUAAAUUAUCAUCACCAUUAAAUCUUGAUCAAGACGGUGUUGAUCUUAUUUGUUUACCUAAUAUAUCAUCAACUAGACUGUCUACUGGAGAAUAUCCUAUAGCUGGUCUAAAUUUAGUUGCUAUUGGUUGGGGUGUUUUAUCGGAUGGAAGUGAAAUUGCUUCUCCAAUACUUCAACAAGUAACAAUUCAAUCAAUCGCUGCAAAUAGUAUUUAUUGUAAAAAUAUUGGUAUACAUGAUUCAUAUACACAAUUUUGUGCAGGUGUAAUGCCGUUAGGAGGUAAAGAUACAUGCCAAGGUGAUAGUGGUGGACCAUUAUUAAUGUUUACUUCGGAGAAUGUUUGGGAACAAGUUGGAAUAACAUCAGUUGGAUAUAAAUGUGCACUAGCAAAUUAUCCUGGUUUAUAUACACGUGUUGCAGCUUAUCAGUCGUGGAUAAAUGCAACAAUGAAUAAUGCAAAUCAAAUAUUUACUAUUUCUUAUAUCAUAUUUAUUCCACUGAUAUUAAUGAAUAAAUUAUAA